AUGGGCGAGCACAGUAUUUUUAGCCACCUCUAUCGCAAUCCAGACCAACAUGACAGUUCUCCAAGCUGUAGCAAUGGACCGUCACCUUGGGCCCAAUUUCAAGAUCCGAGCUGGAUCCAUCGUAGUCGUAGUCCCAAUCCCCACAGCCAUCUUCAUUGCCUUGUUCGAUCGGUUCUGUUCCCCACCUGGCAGAAGCUGACUGGUCCAUUCUUAGACCCGCCGCUACGAAUCGGAAUAGGCCAUGUGUUCACCAUACUGAGCAUGGCAAUAUCAGGCCUGGUGGAGUCAAAAAAGCUAAAGAUAGCCCAUGAUCACCACCUCCAGGAACAGCAGGGUGCCACAGUGCCUAUGCUGUCCUUGCGGCUGUUCCCACAACUAGUUGUGGUAGGGAUUGGACAAGCAUCUCAUUUUCCAGUAAACGUUUCAUUGUACUAUCAAGAAUUCCCUGUCUCGAUGAAAAGCACAGCAACUGCCAUGAUUUCUAUAGUCGUCGGGAUUGCUUUCUAUGCGAGCACAGCUCUGGUUGAUCUGAUCAGGAAUGUUACAAGAUGGUUGCCAGCUGACAUAAACGAUGGGAGGCUAGACAAUUCAGUAGUGGCAGAAGCUUGAGAGUCCAAGCAGUUCCCUGGUGACUCUGAAGCGCCAAUGUCAGAUUCCAGAAGCAAAAAGGGUGGUUUGAUCACCUUAUUCUUCAUUGCAGGGACCCUGUCAGGGGUGAUGCUGUCUGGUUUCGGAUGGUUAGCAAACCUGAUUGUCUACCUGGUUGAGGAAUUCCAUGUGGAUAGCAUUGAUGCUACUCAGAUUUCCAACGUGGUUCAUGGUAGUAUAAACCUGAUUCCAAUCCUUGGAGCUGUCAUUGCUGACUCCUUCUUGGGAACCUUUUCUGUUGUUGCAAUUUCUAACUUUAUCUCUUCCCUGGGGAUGAUUCUGCUAACCUUAACAGCAAAAAUCGGCUCUUUGAAGCCCCCGCCUUGUGAAACUGGAUCAAGCCUGUGCCAAACUACAUCGAAACUACAAUUGGCAAUCCUAUAUGCGAGUAUGGCUAUGGCAUCUGCAAGUUUGGGAGGGAGCCGAUAUACUCUAGCAACAAUGGGAGCAAACCAACUUGAUAAGCCAAAAGAUAAAGAAUCUUUCUUCAAUUGGUUCUUUUUCACUAUAUUUGCUUCUUGCAUAAUAAGUUCCACAGCUCUUGUCUAUGUUGAGGAAAGCAUUAGCUGGGGGCUCGGAUAUGGCAUAUGUUCCGCUGCUAACUUCAUUGCUUUAGCCAUUUUCUUGGCCGGACACCGAUUCUAUCGGUAUGACAAGCCACGUGGGAGCCCAUUUACGGGUCUGCUUCGUGUUGCUGUUGCUGCUGUGAGGAAAAGGAAGGUCGAGCUAUCAUCCAGAAGUGAUGAUUAUUACCAUGAACAUGAUGGAACGAACAAGGUCAUGCCUGCAAUACCUAAACGGAGUUUCAGGUUCUUGAACCGGGCAGCGCUGAAAACGGAAGGAGACAUCCAUUCGGAUGGAUCAAUCGCAAGACCAUGGAAGCUAUGCAGUUUACAACAAGUAGAAGAUCUCAAAACUCUGAUAAGACUUUUCCCAAUAUGGUCAAGUGGUAUAUUUCUCACCACCCCUAUAGCAAUCCAAUCCAGCAUAACAGUUGUCCAGGCUCUAUCAAUGGACCGUAACCUUGGGUCCAACUUCAAAAUCCCUGCUGCAUCUAUUAUAGUCGUGAUCCUAGUAUCCUCAUCUAUCUUCGUAGCCCUCAUUGAUCGUUUCCUAUUUCCCACCUGGCAGAGGCUGAUUGGCAGGCCUCUGACGCCGCUGCAACGAAUCGGAGUAGGCCACAUUGUCAAUGUGCUAAGCAUGGGAAUUUCAGCCCUGGUGGAGUCAAAACGGUUGAAAACAGCCCAUGCUCACCACCUUGAGGCACAGCAUGGUGCCAUAGUGCCUAUGCUGGUCUGGUGGUUAUUUCCACAGCUUGUUGUGGUUGGCAUUGGCGAUGCAUUCCAUUUUCCAGGACAUGUUGCAUUGUACUACCAAGAAUUCCCUGCCUUACUGCGAAGCACAGCUACUGCCAUGGUUUCUUUGGUCGUCGGGAUUGCUUUCUAUGUCAGCACAGCUCUGCUCGAUCUAAUCAGGAAUGUUACAGGAUGGUUGCCAGAAAACAUAAACAGUGGAAGGCUAGAUAACCUGUAUUGGAUCUUAGUUACGGCAGGGUCCCUGAAUUUUAUUUAUUUUUUAGUCUGCGCUACGUUGUAUAAGUACCGAAACAUUGAAAAGGAAGUCGAUGAUGCUUCCAGCUUUGAUAUAUAAUAUUCCUGAAGAAACUAGAGCUGGAAGGCUUCAUAUCCUAUCCCCCAAGCCAAACUUGUUACGAAUUUAAGAUUUUCAAUUCAAAAAUCU